UUGUCGCCGGAAAGCGGAAGUGAGCUGCGGGCUGCGCGCGCGUGUUCUGCCAGCGAUGUCUGCGGACCGGGGACCUUUAGAGUUCCAUGCCAAGCAGCCCUGGCGUCCCAAAGAGGUGACACAAGAUCCGGAUGAGGAGGACGAGGAGGAGAGCGAUGAGGCCAAGAAUGGCUUCUCCCUGGAGGAGGUGUUACGCCUCGGAGGCACGAAGCAAGAUUACCUUAUGCUGGCUACUUUGGAUGAAAAUGAGGAACUGGUGGAUGGAGGCAAAAAGGGAACAAUUGACGACCUUCAACAAGGUGAAUUGGAGGCAUUUAUUCAAAACCUUAAUUUGGCCAAAUACUCAAAGUCUUUGAUUGAAGAAGAUGAACCAGAUAAAAAGGAAAAUGACAGCCAAAAAGAAGCAAAAAUACUGAAGGUUGAAACUAAAAAGCAGAAAGCGACAGAAAGUAAAAAGACAUCAGAAAAGAAGGUGAAAAAUAAAAAUGUACCAGAACAGCGUUCUGAAAGCGGUACCAUCCCAAAAGGAAAGAAGGAUAAACAACCCGACGUAUUCGAAUUUCAGGAGAGACAAACGCUGUUAGUCAAGCCUGGAGGCAAGUGGUUCGACAUGGAGUACAGCAGUGAGUAUUCUUUGGAGCCCCAGCCUCGGGACGUGGUGUCCAAAUAUAAAGCCCUCGCCCAGCAGCUGUACGAGCAUGAGGUCAGCCUGUUCAAAAGUAAGACAAAUAAUCAAAAGGGAGGCUCUUCCACCUGGAUGAAGGCAAUUGUGUCAUCAGGGACCCUGGGUGACAGGAUGGCGGCCAUGAUCCUGCUGAUCCAGGACGAUGCUGUGCAUACACUCCAGUUUGUAGAAACCCUCGUGAACCUUGUUAAAAAGAAGGGCAGCAAGCAGCAGUGCCUCAUGGCUUUGGAUACGUUCAAGGAGUUACUCAUUACAGACCUUCUGCCGGACAGUCGGAAGCUCAGGGUUUUCAGCCAGCAUCCUUUUCACAAACUGGAAGAGUUGUCCAGCGGCAACAGGGACUCGAGAGACAGGAGACUUAUAUUGUGGUAUUAUGAGCACCAACUAAAACACUUAGUAGCAGAAUUCGUACAAGUCCUGGAAACUCUAAGUCACGAUUCCUUGAUGACGACUAAGAUCCGAGCCCUCGUAGCCGCUCAUGAGCUUCUGUGCGAUAAGCCUGAGGAAGAAAAGGCUCUUCUUGUGCAGGUGGUAAAUAAACUGGGAGAUCCGCAGAACAGAAUCGCCACAAAAGCUUCCCAUCUGUUAGAGGUAUUGCUGAGGAAGCAUCCCAAUAUGAAAGGAGUUGUGUGUGGAGAAAUAGAAAGGCUUCUCUUUCGCUCAAAUAUCAGCGCCAAAGCGCAGUAUUAUGCAAUUUGCUUUUUAAACCAAAUGGUCCUCUCCCAUGAAGAAAGUGAACUGGCUAACAAAUUAAUAACUCUUUAUUUUUGUUUCUUUCGGACUUGUAUCAAGAAAAAAGACAUUGAGUCAAAAAUGCUCAGUGCCAUUUUGACAGGCGUGAACAGAGCAUACCCUUACUCCCAGAUAGGUGACGACAGAGUGAGGGAGCAAGUGGACACUUUAUUCAAAGUGCUGCAUGUUGUAAAUUUUAAUACCAGCGUGCAGGCUUUAAUGCUACUUUUCCAAGUAAUGAAUUCUCAACAGACAAUAUCUGAUCGGUAUUAUACGGCUUUGUACAAAAAGAUGUUGGAUCCAGGGUUGAUGACAUGUUCCAAGCAAGCAAUGUUUCUUAACCUCAUCUACAAAUCUCUGAAAGCUGACAUCAUGUUGCGCCGGGUGAAGGCUUUUGUGAAGAGGUUGCUUCAGGUUACCUGCACACAGAUGCCCCCUUUCAUCUGUGGAGCAUUGUAUCUUGUGUCUGAGAUCUUUAAAGCAAAACCAGACUUAAGAAGCCAACUAGAUGAUCAUCCGGAAUCUGAUGAAGAAAACUUCGUUGACAUGGGAGAUGACAGUGAUGUAGAAAAGUUCACUGAUGCAGACAAAGAAUCAGCAGCAGAUGCAGUGAAGGAAGCUGAGGCAGAAGAAGCUGCGCCUGAGAGCAGCCCAGAAACGGAGAAGCCGAAGACCGCCUCCUGGGUGCACUUUGACAACUUGAAAGGUGGCAAACAGCGAAAGACAUAUGAUCCAUUCAGUAGAAAUCCUUUGUUCUGUGGAGCUGAAAAUACAAGUCUUUGGGAGCUCAGAAAGUUAUCUGAGCAUUUCCACCCUUCUGUGGCCCUUUUUGCAAAGACUAUCCUUGAGGGAAAUUCUAUUCAGUAUUCAGGAGACCCACUGCAGGAUUUCACACUCAUGAGAUUCUUGGAUCGAUUUGUAUACCGAAAUCCAAAGCUACAUAAAGGCAAAGAGAACACCGACAGUGUUGUGAUGCAGCCGAAAAGGAAGCAUUUUAUGCAGGAUGUCCGUAAUCUUGCUGUGAAUAGUAAAGAGUUUCUUGCAAAAGAAGAAAGUCAGAUCCCAGUGGAUGAAGUGUUUUUCUACAGGUAUUAUAAGAAAUUUGCUGCUGUUAAAAACAAACAGAAACGCGAUGCAGAUGAAGAAAGUAUAGAAGAUGUUGAUGAUGAGGAAUUUGAAAAUAUGAUUGACACAUUUGAAGAUGAUAACUGCUUCACACCUGGAAAGGAUGAUAUUGAUUUUGCCAGCAAUAUGAAGAAGAAAAAGGGAGCUAAGGAGGACUUGGAAGAUUUGGAGAGUAGUGACGAUGAGGUUGGUGACCUGGAUGAUGAUGAAGUUUCUCUAGGAAGUAUGAAUGAUGAAGACUUUGAAAUUGAUGAAGGGGGAGGAACGUUCAUGGAUGUGUCAGGUGAUGAAACCGAAGGAAUUUCAGAAUUUGCAGAAACCAGCCCCAAAGCCAAUACAAAGAAAAGCAAGAGAAAGAGUGGAAAUGAUUUUGACUUUGCCGGGUCAUUUCAAGGAUCAAAGAAAAAAAAGAAAAGUUUCAGUGACUCCAGCUUGUUUGUGUCUGCUGAGGAGUUUGGCCAUCUGUUGGAUGAAAAUAUGGGAUCCAAGUUUGAUAAUCUUGGCAUGAAUGCCAUGGCUAACAAAGAUAAUGCAAGUUUCAAACAGCUGAAGUGGGAAGCUGAGCGUGAUGACUGGCUGCACAACAGAGACGUGAAAAGUAUCAUCAAGAAAAAGAAAAAUUUCAAAAAGAAGAUGAAAGCCCCUCAGAAAUCCAAAAGACCACGGAAAUGAGAGCUUCAGACUAAAUAAUAAGAUUAUGAUUGUACUUACCCUUAAUUUUUGCUAUCCAACCAUUUUUCUUGAUCUUUUUCUCUAAUUCCAUGUAUUCCAGACUGUUCAACAGAUUUAUAAUAAACUGUAGAAACAAAA